AAAAACUCCACCGCUCAGUUCAUGCAUUCUGAGUCUGCGCUCCGGGGAAAAUGAGUGAGUCUUUGGUAGUUUGUGAAGUAGAUGGCGAUUUAGUCAAAAAGCUGAGGGAGUUCCGCUUUCGAAAGGAAACCAACAAUGCCGCCAUUAUCAUGAAGAUCGACAAGGACAGGCAGCUUGUAAUCCUUGACGAGGAACAUGAGGACAUCUCUCCUGAUGAUCUGAAGAAUGAGCUACCUGAAAGACAACCAAGAUUUGUAGUGUACAGCUACAAAUACCAGCACGAUGAUGGACGAGUAUCCUACCCUCUCUGCUUUAUCUUCUCAAGCCCAGUUGGAUGUAAACCUGAGCAACAGAUGAUGUAUGCAGGAAGUAAGAACAAACUGGUCCAGACAGUGGAGCUGACUAAGGUGUUCGAGAUCAGAAAUACAGAGGACCUUACAGAGGAGUGGCUGAGAGAGAAACUGGGUUUUUUCCGUUAAAAAACAUCUUCAGCGACUGGAUCAGGACAGAACGAAAGACGACUAAGGCGGCUCCCAUCCUCUCCGAGAGGAGAUAUACCAUUGUCCGUCUAACACUCUACUCAACAUGUGUGUGUAUGUGCGUGUUUCUUUGAAUGCCUCAAACACCAAACUAACAUGUACCAGCUUGUCAGAGAUCAAAGAAGCAUGCUGUCCAGACAAUGAAAAAAUACAUAUUUUGGCUAUGUACAAAGAUUUGAGCAUACAUAUUGUAAACUGCCCUGAGAAGUUGAUUUUUUUUUUCAUUAUUCAGUUUGUUUAUGUGACCAGACACUGCCAGGCACUGCCAUGCAUGACAAUGCUAAUCAUGCAUUACCACUUCAUACUUAACUGACGAGGCCAGCACAACGGCCCUUGGCAAGUUCAACGGUUAUUAAUACUGUUCAUUAAUACUUUAGUAGUUGAUUUGAUAGGGCAUUGAAUUUGGCAAGUCUCGCAGUAUGCUGUUAAGAUGUUGACCUGCACUCUUGAGAGAAAGAAAAGAUUUAGAUAAAAAAAAAAUCAUUUUAUACUGAGUUUUCUGUUAUGGCUGAGUCCAUGUUGGUAUGGGGAAAAAUGUCUUCACCUAUAUCCCACCUUCUUAAGAAUCCUGAAUAUAUUGCUUUUUUUUUUUUUUUUUCCUUUUUUUAAGAUCAUUUUCUAGUCCUGUAUUUGAUAGUUUUACAGCUGAACUGUGACCAAACAUUUGCCCGUUUUGUACCGUGCCACAGACGUUUGUCUGCCCUUACAAUUUAAUUACAGGGUCUUUGGUUAUUAAAGGGGAGCCUUUACGCUGAAAAGAGUAGUUAAUUGGGAGUGUGUAUUAGAUUUAAGGUGCUUGUGUAUGAGAGAUGUAUGGGAUCCUUUCGUAAUGUUGUCCAUAAAUACACUCAGAGCUGUGAACGUGACAGUCCUACCUGUAAUGGAGACAACUCUCAUUUUUGAACUUUUCAUCUAACCACUGAAUACUGAUGUAGUGUCUUACUGUCAUUGGUGAAGUCAAGUCUUUAUGGCCUCUCUAUCUAAAGAGAUCAGUGUGUGUAACUGAAUUAAGCUGUGUCUCCUUCAAAGCUAUGGUGAGACUGAGUAAUAAAAACAGCCUCACAAUUCAUUUGAUUUACUGUCAGUUUCAUAAACAUGGCUGCAAUGUUGAUAUGUGAUUUAAACAUUGUUUUAAUUUUCCUCAGAUACCUAAAGUAAAACACUGGAUAAACAUUCGAUGUUUACGAGAUCUCAAAAAA